CACACGACACAAACCUCCUCUUUCGCAAACCACACAAUCCACCCCUCAUACAUGGCUCAAUCCUACGCAACAAAAUGUCCUCCGCACUUGAUAUAGCCAACUCUGAACUGGCUGAUGAAGUCGAAGCCAUAAACGCCAUCUACGACCCCGACACGAUCACGAUAUCCUCCUCAUCCUCAUACACAUCCUCGCCUUCGACCUCCUCGACAUCACCCGCGACAGCAAUAAAACUGCAGAUCCCCAACCAUCCGAACCUCUCCUUCCUCCUCGCCUUUGAACCUACGUACCCGGAAACACCACCAAAGAUCCUCGGAACCGCAUCGACGGCGGCGCGCGGGGAAGGGAAAAUUGCAAUCGAUGUCCUCGAAGAUAUUCUCGGACGAACAUACCAGCCGGGCGCCGUGUGCCUGUUUGACGUUAUAAACGAAGCGACCGAAGCAUUUGAAGAAUUGAGCAUUGGCGGCUCUAGCGCGAGUGUGAGCGCGAAUACAGAGGAUACAACAAGUACGACGAAUGCAUCUAUGACAGCUACAGCGAACAGUUCCGGUGGACAUGGACAGGACCAUAUAACAUCCCUUGACACGACUCUCGCUUCCUUGUCCCUCCACGAGACUUUCGGACUUACUCACCCGCCCGACUGGAUCCUGUCUGAGGUCGUCACAGAGAAGAAAUCCGUCUUCGUCGGUCGCGCUGCACACGUUACCAGUUUGGACCAGGCGCAGGCAUACUUAGAUUACCUGCUCGCGAGCGAUAAGAAGGUUGCGUCCGCGACGCAUAAUAUCAGCGCGUGGCGGAUCCGGCAGCAAAAGAAACCGACAUCGAAGGAUAACAAUAACACGCCUGGCGAAAUGAUCAUCCAGGACUGCGACGAUGACGGCGAGACAGCGGCGGGUGGGCGUCUCUUGCAUCUGAUGCAGUUGAUGGAUGUGUGGGAUGUUGUUGUGGUCGUGACGAGAUGGUAUGGUGGGAUUCACUUGGGGCCGGAUCGGUUCCGCAUCAUUAAUGCUGUGGGGAGGGAUGCCCUUGUGAGAGGUGGGUUUGGCCGGGAGAAGGAGAAGGAGAAUACUGGGGGCGAAAAGGGGAAGAAGAAGGGAAAGAGAUGAGCGUGAGCGUGAGCGUGAGCUCUGGAAACCGGGGCAUUGCUGGUUCUGGGAAACGCACGCCGUGACUCGCAAGGCGGAUGUGAUGCAGAUGGCAUGGUUCAAGCGAUACGACCUACGACCGUAACCACGGCCCGGGGUCUCCGUCAUCGUCGUACGGGUUUGACUGAUUUGGCCAGAGACUCUAGCCCCUCGCGUGACUGUCGGUAUCUUAGAAGACGGCACAUACGAGGCUGAGUUCGCGGCCCUGAGUGGUUCGGAUAGCUUCGGUCAAUCCUCGCUCGAAUCUCCAGCAUAGUCAAUUGCAUGGAAAUUCAGCAGGUCGAGCGUAUCGAUAUGCCAUGACUUAGGGACAUUAUUGAGACCGUCAGGGUACGAGCCUAUCGGGCUGGCUUCCGCGCAGCGCCGAUCAACAAGAGGAGAUGAAUGAGGGUUUCUCGCGCCCCAAUGGGAAGCUCGAGCUUCACUCUCAGAUACGGAAGAAUAGACUUAUAGAGCGCUACACGAUGAGAUGACACUAGAGAAUGGAGUCCGAGUUUUUUUCUUCUUUCUGCGUCGACAUACAGUGCGGUUCACCGACGAAAUACCCCAUCAUGAUCGCGCGAGAAGAAAUCGAGGCGGAGCCUGCCACUAGCUCAUCAUCUUUGGCACUUUCACAUGCUAAUCAAGAUUCCAAGCUACGUUCCAGAUAAAGCUUGAUAUAAUAUCGCGGAGCUAUGCCUCGUAUACAGCAACCUCAAACACGCUAGUACUCAGACGCUCCAGAGUUCCGGGCCAGGCCUCCUCGCGACGUUACAUGAUCGCCACAGGAGACGGAGGAGUAAGUCGGCUAUGCUGAGCUUCCUCCGGAUCCUUGUUUUAGGAUAGCUCCUGGAAUGUCACCGCUUGGCUACGGUUGCUUGGAGCUGUAGCGAAGGAUUCAAAUGUCACAUCAUGUCCCAAUGGCCAAUUCGUUUCACCACAGAACCUAAGAAGUCCAAUGCUACGCAUAGCGCGAAUAGCAUACAGACGAAUCGCUAUCGCUUACAGAUCAAAUCCAAGACUGGCGCUUCGCGACCAAAGAAUCGACGACGCUCAAUGAUACGGCACGCCCAACCGCAGCGGUGUAACAUAGCUCGCCUCACCAAAGACAACCUUAACCCCCUUAUAGUCAUCGACCUCUCCUAACUGGACCGUCUUGUCGCGGAUGAUGCUAGCUCGUUCGUCUGCAUCGAUUGGAUCGUUGUCCCUCCCCGUCAACGACAUGUACGGAUUCCCGUAGGUCAGCCCAACAACGGGAUCGAACAUAUUCGGCGCCAACGUCUUUAACCUGACGCAGAUUCCUGCGACUCCAACCCCGAAUAAGAGGACUGAUGAUACGAUGAGGAUAGCUGCCCAGGCGUAGUCAGGCCGCCAGACCUCAGUGUAGUGGGCUACUGUGGCGUUUGUCGAGGCGCCGACGAAGGGCGCGAGGUCAUCGACCAGCCUUCCGACGGUCUUUGGUGGGUACCACGCUGUGUAAAGCCCUGUAUCGUAUGAAGAUUGGUUCGCGACUGCUAGUAGGCCGUUGCCAGGUAUAUGUGGCGGGCCAUAUAAGCUAAAGUUGGUUGGCAGGUCGCCUGCAAAGCCGGUUGGAGCCAUGAACGCCUGGAGGCCUGUGUUCAGGAGGAUGGAGACUCUAGCUGAGAAGACAUCUGGGUCAAUGGCGGUGAAGUUUACGUCUGUUUUAGAGUAGUCCAUUCCUGAUUGCAUGGGGAAUGCUUGUGAGUCGUUGAGGAAGAGGCCCGUUGGCGCCGUGCCCCAGCUCACUUCGCGUGCGGGCUGCUGUGAGCUAGCUCCGCUGAUCAUCUGGAGAACGAGCCACGCCCAGAGGUCGAAGCUGGUGUAGUUCUUGUCGCGGUGGUCCGUGGUUGACUCCCGGACUUUGGUCGCGGCGCAGUUCCCGUCCUUGCACUCGAUUAGGGCUUCGACCAUUCGCUGGGUCACCUGGCAAGUCGUCACUGUGGUCCAGAUUUCGACGCUGUUGUUGAAGCGCAGGGUACGUGCGUCCGUAUAAUUCGCCGUGUUCGGAUUGAGCCUCUUCUCUCUUUCAGGAACGGGCAGCCCGAGAAACCUCUGUGCGCGGAUCGAAAACCCUGAGAGCCCUUGGGACAUAUAGCAGUCCACACACUCUAGGGUCAUCCCAUACAGCUGGUCUAGGGUUCUGUUUCGCUGGAACGUCGUGGGAUGGGACACCUCCACGUAUGUCGACUCAAUCGUGAAGUUGAUAUCUCCCUGCUGCUUGAUUUCGGCGAGACCAACCAUAGGCAUGCCGAACAGGGACGUGAAUGAGUCGAUACUGUUUGCGGCUGGGACGGGCAUCCAGCCAUCGGCGCUGGCUGCAGAGGCAUUUCCAGCUUCAAUGCGCGGGAUCUUCACGUUCCCCCAUUGGUCAAGCGGCCCGGCUUUGAUAUUCGUGCUCUGCAUCAUGCUAGCGGCAUACAUAUCGCGCAUCGACGUGGGCCAGCUGCCGUCGUUCCCAACCAUGAUACCUGCAUAAAAAAACAUAUUGCCCAAAGGGCCAUUGUCCCAGUACCGCAGCUCUGUGUGGCUCACAUCAGUCGUAUUAGUUGUGUACAUCAGGCGGAUAGUGCUUUGGCCUCCGAGCGGCGACAUGGCCCAUAGCACCAAUAACAUCCAGACGAGGAUCGACGCAGG